AUGACCAGAUGGUCAACCCCCAAGCUACACUGGUUUAAACUGGAUUUUGAUGGUUCAGCUCAAAGCAACUGUCAGGCUGGAGGUGGAGUCAUCCGGGACCAUCUGGGGAACACGGUUGCAGCGUACGCUGACAACCUAAGGAAUAAUACAGUCACUCAAGCUGAAGGAAUGGCCCUCCUUUGGGGUCUGAAAAUGGCUAACUCCAUAGAAAUAAAAUAUCUGGAAAUUGAAGGAGACUCUCAAAUUAUUGUUGACUAUGUCAAAGGGAACACUUCAGCGGUGUGGAGAGUGGAACCCAUUCUGAGGGAUAUCAGGUGCCUCAUGGUCAAGAUGGAGGACUUCAGUAUCCGCCACAUCUUCAAAGAAGGAAACAGAGCUGUUGAUUCCAUGGCGGCUGAUAGAAGGCUGCAGAAUGGCUUACGAUGCUAG